AUGCCGCAGCCGGGCACCCGGGCGUUCUACGACAGCCUCUACUUCGAAACAGGCUUCAAAACCAUCGAGCCCGCGCAGCAGGCCAGCAUGGGCGAGAUGGAGCGAAGCAAGGUCCUCAUCAUGCAGCAGAUGAAUCACGUCCUCGCCCGCAGGGCACAGGAGGGCUUCGCAGUCGAGCGCUUCGACUGCGGUGUCAACCAGCGGCCCACGCCCGGCGGCGAUGCCGCGGGCGCCGCCAGUGCGCCCGCACAGGCGCAAGGCGGCGGGGGCGGUGGCGGUGGUGGCGGGGAAGGGUGUGAUGUGCAGCACAACCUGUAUUACAAUAUCGUGCUGAAAAAGGUGGUCCCGCUGCUGCCCGUGCGGCGCCCCGCGCCGGCACCGCAGCAGGCGCAGGCGGCGCUGCAUGCGCGGCAGCAGCACCAGCAGCACCAACAGCACCAGCAGCAGCACCAGCAGUUUGGGCUGCAGCAAGCGGUGGCGGCCGCCGCCGCAGGGCUGCCCAUGUCGUGA